AUGUACAGAACAGCGUACCAAUCGGGACUGUUGUCCAUAUUCUACAGCGUUGGACAAAAGCCAUUAUUAAACUGGGCAGUUUCGGCAAAGGCAGGGACGGUUAGGCGCAUUUCAGAUCCAGAUAUUCGAUCUUUGAUUUUGGAUCUUCGCUCCAGCAAUGUCACCACGACUUACAUUGAAUGCCCGAGCGAUCCAGAUGAAACUCUGGGGAUUCGAAUGCCCAUUUUCGUACUACUGUUCAAAAAUAUGAACCGGUACUUCUCGUUUCAAAUCGAAGUGACCGACUACAGUGGCACCAGAAGGCGAUUUAGAGCCAGCAAUUUCAACAGGGUCACAAGUAUUCGGGAUUUCACCACUAACAUGCCGCUGGUGCUUCAUCCCGGUUGGAAUACGGUUGUAUUCGAUCUCCAGCGUCUGAUGGAAUACUGUUACAGACAACGAUUAUUAGAAGUGAAUCGAAUACGCGUGAACGCCAAUUGUCGUCUGAGGCGCAUUUACUUUUGUGAUAGACCCUAUGCGGAUUCCGAGUUGCCAAAAGAGUACAAGUUACAACUGGUACCAAGCAACCCAACUUGA